AUGAGUCAACGCGGCUUUCAACGAGGCAGAGGUGGAGGUGACCAACGAGGUGGUGGUGGCGGCCGUGGUGGCUACCAAGACAGAGGCCGAGGUGGAGGUGGAGGUGGAAGAGGAGGAGGAGGAAGAGGCGGAUUUAGUGGUCCCGUCAUCUUCAAGGGUGCAACCCAAGUGGAUCAACGAUUAUCUCAUAAAGAAAACGAUCUUUCACUGAUAAAGGAUCCUAGUCGUCCGUUGAGGCCCGGGUAUGGUACACUUGGCACGCCUAUCACUCUUAGAACCAACUUUUUCCCUGUUCGCCUUCCGAAAGCUCCCGUUUAUGAUUACAGUGUAGAUAUAUCCCCUAAAACCGACAUAAACAGGCUCAAAAUUCGGAUAUUCACGUUGCUCGAACAGCUUCCUGAUUGCAAACCCUUUCUUCCUCAUAUUACCCAUGACAGGAGUGCAAGGCUUGUUUCUGCGAAACGGCUUCCCCAGCCCCUCAAUUUCAUUGUACCGUUUUACGAGGAGGGUGCUUCUCCUAGCCGCGUAACCACGACGUAUACGGUCUCCGUUACUUUCACUCGAGAGUUGGACCCCACGCAGCUCACACAAUACAUGGAAGGAAAACCUGAAUUUCAUGGUCACGAUCCUUUGCCUUUGGUUUCUGCUCUGAACUUGGUUAUACAGCAACAUGCUGUGCGAACAGGCGUCCGAGUAGGCAAAAACAAAUACUUCUUCCCGACGUCGUCGCAAGGCUUUAAUCUCAGUCCUAUGGUCACUGCAUUUCAAGGCUUUUACGCAUCCGUUAGGCCGACAUACAAGCAAUUAAUGGUCAAUGUGAAUGCUUGUAUGACCGCCUUCAUUGAACCUGGCAAUCUUGCCGAUGCACUGCUUGCGUUCAGUCGCAAUUCGAGAGGUGCAAUGCCCACAUUACCUCACGAGCUCAUGAAAAAGGUCAAAGUGACUACCAAGCAUCUCGGAUAUAAGCGCCGUCAUAUUCUCCAGCAUGUUGCGACGACCACGGCUCGAAAUACAACGUUUACUUCUGACAAAUACGGCAAAGUCUCGAUCGAAGAAUAUUUCCUCAAAGAGUAUAAGAUCAAGUUGAAGCACGCAGCGGAUCUUCCGGUCAUUGACGUUGGUACUAAGAAAAGGACUUAUCUUCCUGCCGAAAUCUGCGAAAUUGAACCCGGACAAGCCUUCCGUGGGAAGCUUAAUGAACAGCAGACUUCUCAAAUGAUCAAAGUUGCGUGCAAUCCUCCGAAAGUAAAUGCAGAAGCCAUCGUGGGUGACGGCUUCCAGAAACUUGGCUUGAAUACAAAUCCUUCGACCUCGCCUUUACAUGGGUUCGGCGUCGAAGUGACGAAUGAAAUGGCUGCUGUACCUGGACGGGAGCUUCCUCCUCCACGGCUGAACUACCGAGUUGGGAACCCAAGAGUCGCCAAUGGAGGCUGGAACAUCCUUGAUGUUAAAUUCCACCGUGGCGCACAACUCUCAAGUUGGUCUGUGCUCGUAGUCCGCGAUGGGCCGUCGGUCUUUUCAGGGCCUACUGAUACUCGAUUGCGUGGGCUCGUAGAUGGCUUCGCAACGAAGAUGCGGAAUAGCGGAAUGACUGUUCCCCCAGGUCCACCAUCGUUACUCUUGGCCAAUCUUCCUUCGCCCGACCAAGAUCCAGGUCGAGUGAGGGCUCUGAACGAAAUAAGGAAGACUCUCCAGGACCAUGUGCAAAAAGCUCAAGGUCGAAAACCCGCUUUUGUUCUUGUGCUUCUGUCUCGUCGUGAUAAUUUUAUCUAUCCAGGAAUCAAGCGAAUUGGUGAUGUCGAACUGGGAGUUCAAACAGUCCAUAUGCAGCUGUCCAAGGUUGUUGAUAAGGAGCCCAACAAACAAGAUCAGUACUUCUCAAACGUGGCGCUCAAGGUCAACACGAAGCUCGGAGGAAUCAACCACAAGUUGGAUGAUGUGGCUAUGAGAUGGCUUCGAAAAAAGUCGACUAUGAUAGUCGGAAUUGACGUCACACAUCGAGGACCUGGAAGUAAGGAGGGAACACCGUCUAUUGCUGCAGUUGUUGCUAGCGUGGACAGUGACUUUGUCCAGUACCCUGCAAGCCUGCGCAUCCAACAAUCGGAUGAAGUCAAAGAGAUGCUGGAUGAACUAACUGACAUGAUGGUCGAACGGUUGCAAUGCUAUCAAACUAAGAACAAAGCACUUCCAGAACGUGUUUUUGUUUUCCGAGAUGGCGUUUCAGAGGGCCAGUACGACACCGUCUUGAACGAGGAAUUACCCCAAAUCUUGAAUGCGUUCAAAAAGUUCAACACGAAAGACCGAAAAGCACCCUAUAGACCUCUACUGUCUAUUGUCAUCUGUGGAAAACGUCAUCAUGCCAGAUUCUAUCCCACUGAUUCCCAAUAUGCUGAUAAGAAUGGCAAUACCAGACCAGGGACGGUUGUUGACCGAGGAAUCACUAAUGUCUUUGACUUCGAUUUUUAUCUCCAAGCUCAUGCUGGACUCCAAGGCCACGCGAAACCCACGCACUACAUUGUCAUCUAUGAUGAAACGAAAUUCACCGCGGAUGAAAUACAACAGGGAACCCAUGAUUCUAGUUACUUGUACGCCAGAGCCACAAGAGCGGUCAGUCUUAUGCCUCCAGCUUACUAUGCUGAUCUUGCAUGUGAGCGGGGGCGCUGCUACUUGAACGAUUUUUUGGUGGAUGAUAGAUCAUCUACUGCGGGAGGGAGUGGACGUGACAAAGCAGCCGAAUCUCAGAGAACUUUUGAGGCAGCGAGAAGGUCUUGGGGAAGCGGCCUUCAUCCUGACAUGAGAAAUUCUAUGUUUUAUAUCUAACCGCGGUGUGGCGUGGCGGCUGUGAUUUUCCUGAAAUUUAUGCUUUUUGUAUCACUAUCUGUAUAUUCUUGGAUUUAGCUAUGACUGUUGUGAACUUUUUUGCUAUUGGAUUGUUUUUUUUUGUUGUAUUUCGCUCUAGCCGCUAGCUAGUAAUUUCUGGCAAUCCGCUUUUACGUGUUCGA